UGCUUUUCUGUUUGCAGUCACAUUGCUACUUUCCUCUGAGAGAAUGGCAAAUAACAGUUGUUCUGUGAACCUGACUAUAACCUCUACAUAUGCGUUCGCUACUGUGUACAGCAUGGUUUUGCUUGUUGGGUUGCCGCUGAAUGGGCUGUCGCUAUGGAUUCUCCUGAAGAGACACGGACUGAGGACGUCUAACACUGUUUUCAUGGCCAACCUCGCGCUGUCCGACCUCCUCUUGGCCCUGUCUGUGCCUCUACGCAUCUAUUACUACGCUGCAGCGAGCUGGCCCUUUGGGGCCACGGUGUGCACCGUCGCCACCUCACUGUUCCGGCUCAACUUCUUCUCCAGCUCCGUGUUUAUCACCUACAUCAGCGUGGACCGAAUGCUGGCGGUGGCGUUCCCUCUGCGUUCGCACAGGCUUCGCACAGCCAAGUUUGCUGCCAUAUCCUGUGUGGCCGCCUGGCUCUUCUUAAUCGCGCUUAAUGUCCCCGGAGCUCUAAAACUCAACGCGAGGCUGCGUGAAUCCUGGAAAGGGAAAAACUGCUUCGAGCUGGGUAUGGAUCGGGAGUCGAAAGCGUCACGCAAACCUGAUUACGUGAUUCCUUUUCUCCUCACGUUUCUCCUGCUGACCGUGAAUGUCGUGUGCACGGCAACAGCCCAUAUAGUGGUGUAUUAG